GAAUAUAUCAUUCGGGUGCAAAGAGGAAUUUCUGCAGAAAACAGCUGGCAGAUUGUUAGAAGAUACAGUGACUUUGAUUUACUGAACAACAGCUUGCAGAUUGCAGGACUAAGUCUACCUCUUCCUCCCAAAAAAUUGAUUGGCAACAUGGAUCGUGAAUUCAUAGCUGAGAGGCAGAAAGGUCUUCAGAACUAUCUCAAUGUUAUCACCACAAAUCAUAUUUUGUCUAAUUGUGAACUGGUUAAGAAGUUUCUAGAUCCAAACAACUAUUCUGCAAACUACACUGAGAUUGCCUUACAACAGGUCUCCAUGUUCUUCCGAUCAGAGCCAAAGUGGGAGGUGGUGGAGCCACUGAAAGACAUAGGCUGGAGGAUAAGGAAGAAAUAUUUUUUGAUGAAGAUUAAAAAUCAACCAAAGGAACGGCUAGUCUUAAGCUGGGCUGACCUUGGCCCAGACAAGUACUUGUCAGAUAAAGAUUUUCAGUGUCUAAUCAAACUCCUGCCUUCCUGUUUGCACCCUUACAUCUAUCGGGUUAUCUUUGCCACUGCUAAUGAAUCCUCUGCACUGCUAAUCAGGACAUUUAAUGAAAAAGGAACUUUGAAGGAUCUGAUUUACAAGGCAAAACCAAAGGACCCAUUCUUAAAAAAAUACUGCAACCCUAAGAAGAUUCAGGGCCUUGAACUCCAGCAAAUAAAAACAUAUGGACGGCAGAUUUUAGAGGUAUUAAAGUUUCUACAUGACAAAGGAUUCCCUUAUGGGCACCUUCAUGCCUCCAACGUGAUGUUAGAUGGGGAUACUUGCCGGCUGCUAGACCUGGAGAAUUCCUUACUGGGCCUUCCUUCCUUCUACCGGUCCUACUUCACACAAUUCAGGAAAAUCAAUACAUUGGAAAGUGUGGAUGUCCACUGCUUUGGCCACUUACUGUAUGAAAUGACCUAUGGACGACCGCCAGACUCAGUGCCUGUGGAUUCCUUUCCUCCUGCACCAUCCAUGGCUGUGGUGGCCGUGUUGGAGUCUACGCUGUCUUGUGACGCCUGUAAAAAUGGCAUGCCUGCCGUCUCCCGGCUCUUACAGAUGCCAUUAUUCAGUGAUGUUUUACUAACCACUUCUGAAAAGCCACAGUUUAAGAUUCCCACAAAGUUAAAAGAGGCAUUGAGAAUUGCCAAAGAAUGUAUAGAAAAGAGACUAAUUGAAGAACAGAAACAGAUUCACCAGCAUCGAAGACUGACAAGAGCUCAGUCACAUCAUGGAUCUGAAGAAGAAAGAAAAAAGAGAAAGAUCUUAGCUCGGAAGAAGUCAAAACGAUCUGCUAUUGAAAAUAGUGAAGAGUAUUCAGCAAAGUACAGCAACUCUAAUAAUUCAGCAGGAUCUGGGGCCAGCUCACCUCUCACAUCCCCAUCAUCGCCGACUCCACCCUCUACAGCAGGGCUAUCUGCAUUACCUCCACCUCCUCCGCCUCCACCUCCACCGCCAGCAGCUCCCUUGCCUCCUGCGAGCACAGAGAUGCCUGCGCAGCUCUCAUCCCAGGCUGUGAAUGGUGUGAGCCGAGGGGCCUUGCUCAGCUCCAUCCAGAAUUUCCAGAAGGGAACUUUGAGAAAAACCGAAACCUGUGACCACAGUGCUCCUAAGAUUGGCUGAAGCUUCCUGUUUACACUGAGGGAAGAAUUCAUGUCUGCCCCUCUCCUACCCACUAAAGACCCUUCUUCCUGGAUGAGCCCUUGAGGAAUCAGUUCAGCCGUGCACUGUUCUGCAGAUGCUCGGCUAAGAGGCCUGUAAGGAGGGAGCCGUCCUCCAAAUAGAAUAAAGUGGAGCUGGCGUUGCUGCCUUAAGAAAUGUGUUGUUCCUUUGUCAGCAUUGUGAAGGAGUCUGGUCAUCUGCUAAUGGACAUCUUUUGGGGGCAGCCACAUAUUGGAAUCAAUAUUUUCACCAUUUAAAGGAAAUGGACAGAGACAGAAGCAAUGACAAUGUUCUGUCACCAUAGUGAAUGGCCUUUCUGUUGCAAUCCCUCCUACCCCUCUCAUAGCUUAUUUUUUCUGAAGCAUUGUCACAUUAUUUCUUAGCUAAUUCCCAUUUCUGCUACUUUUAUUUCUCCUCAGACAUUAAUACUGUGGCCCAAAGCACAGUUAUGUUGCCGAGUCAGAGAAGCCACUGAGUUCUUCAUUUUUUUCUUCCCUCACAUAAAAUGGGGGAGUUCCUAACAGUCUCAGGCUCCACCAGGAAUCCCAUUUUGGCUAUAGAACUUGGGGCUGUGAGAACAACUACUCUGUGGACUCCUAGUUCAUUUUAGUUAUAAUGUGCUGAAACAGAUACAAAAAAGCUCUUGCCAGUUAGUUAGAGGAUCUGCGUAGACCUCAACAACAAAGUCAUCUGGGUGAUCGUUAUUACAACACAAGCAAAUUUGGCAUCUAUAUAAAUCAAUUCUGAUUUCUGAAAGACUUAUUGAAUAUAUCAUCUUUUUUAAUGAUACUCAUUUAUUAGAAAUCUUUUAUCCUGAUUUGCUUAAACCUUUAAAUAAAUUGCACUUUAAAGGAUUAUAAAUAAUCCAUUUUAAAAUUCAAGUACACACAUCAGUGUUGGUUACUAUGCAGAGAGAAUGUCAUUGUGUAUAGUUUCAUGUAAUCUGUGAUAAAUGUUCAGCUGUAUUUUUUAUUAAAAUAAACCAUGUCAAGAAAAACAUGUUGUCUGGA